GUACAUUAGUCCUGUCAGUCCAUGUGAAACGAGCCAUUCUUCAGGAUUCUUCUUGGUCAACUGGUCAGCCCCAUCGUGUUCCUCGAAUGUUGAGUCUCUUAUAUAAAGGCAACCUAGCACUUCACAUCUCCCAUCGCUCCAGCAUUAAGCUCAGCUAUCCAAUGGUCAAACUCACUUCCAAGUUCGCUGCUCUCUCUCUCGCUGUUAUAACGCCCAUCAUUUCGGCAGUUGAUAUCCGUCUCUGCGAUGAUGCGUACUAUGUUAACUGUGAUUGGAAGUACGAUGUCCCGACUGGCAAAUGCCUGAACACUACUGCCAGUGAUGGUUGGACCGGAUUCACAGACAAUGCCGUGAGCUCUUACAACCAGACGAACACCGGCAGUUGUGGUGUAUGCUACUAUUAUGCCGACGAUGAUUGCUUCGAUCUUCUGUUCAGCAGUGGCGACGCUAGCUUGAACUGGUUCGCUGGAUACAACGACCAGCUCUCGUCUAUUUUCUGUUCUGAGAGUGCGUGAUUGCGAAGUA